UGACGGUUUUGCCACAUACAUUAAGCAAUAUAUUCGGCGUAACCUGUCACACAUUUCAGAUGUGCUGUCUGAUCGACGAUCUUUUCACACUCAGCCUCAAACGCGUACUAUAGAAUACGACGUGUCUCAAUAAAUAUACAUGAGUCAAUUUCAGAAAAAAAGUAUAUAUAUCCUAUAUUUUUUUCAUACGUUUAAUUUUUUUGUAUGGUUAAAAUACUUUUUCGUACGUUUAUCUUAUUUUUUCGUACGUUUAUUUUUUAUUUCAAUAACUCGGCAACAAAAAAAAAGUUGUUCGUGCGUGAACAACUGUCAUUUGUCGAAAAAAAAGUUUUUUUUUUUUCUUUGGUCGGCAACUAAAUUCCUUAAGGGUGCAAGAAAAAAAAAAAAAUUUUUUAUUCUUCAACCAACAACUACUGUUUAAUACUAAAAAAACGUAUUUCUAGGUGAUUGAUUACCUAUCAUUUGGUUUUCAAUACUCUCAAAGACCAACGUGAUCUUCACUAUGACGACGAGAAGGUUUUGAUCGUUCAUGACCAGG